CAUGAAAUGAGUGUCUCGGACAUAGAAACUGAGCGGACCCGUUAUUAUGACGCCUACGACGCUGACGACGCGGAGUUGGAUGGUUUUAUCGUUUCCGACGAAGAAAACGACAAUCUCGAAAAUGAGAAUCGCAAUGAAAGAGAUCCAGAUUCACGGAACCAAGACGAUGUAGACGAAUACGGCCAGCCCCAAAUAGACAGGAUACGAACCAUGACAGAAGCAUUGGCUCCAAAUGAAUCUCAGGCCCUGAAAGUGUUGAGAGCUCAUAUUUCCGUUUUGGUGUCUGCUUUGGGUGGUCCAGAUCACACUUCCAAUAUCUCCCCACCUCCAUAUAAACUCGGCCACGAUGCUUUGGCAUGUUUGAAAGAUAUCAAAAGAUGGAUUAAAUCCGUAGACGACAGACAGGACAGUUAUCAGGUAGCUUUGGCAUGUGCCGAAUCAGGAUUGGUAAUUAACGACUUGAUUGUAAUUCUCUGUCAAUGGGAUUCAAAGAAUAAGAAAAAAGAAGAUUUCAGAAACAAACGAACUAUGGAAAAAAUUAUGUUGGCAUGUUUGGAAUUGCUCGUUUUAUUGACUUGGUCUGUGGAGUUGCGCCCGGAGCUGUCAGACAAGCAGAAGUUGCUCUAUUACGAUGUGAAGAAAGCACAGAUCAAAUACAAGAGAGCUAUUUUAACCUACAACAAGGGCCAGACUCUCAAGGCAGUAAUUCGCUUGGUUCUUCCCAUAAUUUCAAAGGAAAGAGUUGACCGUGAACCAAAAGACAAUGCUAUCAUGAGAUUAGUUCUUUUCUUCUUCAGAAACAUUUUGUACGUAGAGCCCCCCAGUCCCAGUAUUUCCAAAAAGUCAUCCAAGACAAUUGUUGUUACCGAUAAUAUGCCUGAAGGGGUCUCAUACGAUGACAUUUCGUUGUCCGCCACAAUUUCUGCAUUCAGCAAGAACAGAGUAUUGAUGCUCUUUCUCACUCUAUCCAGUGGAAUAGGUGUAGAUUUCGAUAGUCGGUUUCUCGGCCCUACUCUUUUGGAAUGUAUCCAUUUGUUAGUCAGAGGUGUCGAUCCAAAUGAUAUCUUGAAACUAAAGCAAAUGCGCAUUCCAACAGAGAUCAACGACCCCGGCAACUCCUCACUGCCAUUCCACAAUGUACCACCAGCUUCAUCUACAACAGGCUUGCAAUUGCAAGAUCUUCUAGCAAAAGAAUCCAAGAUCAAAAAUAGUCAAACGCAGAGUAUGUCCACAAGACAUGGCCGCUUCGGAUCGUUGCUUUCCAUCAGAGGUGAUCAUUCAAUGUCUUUCGUAGUUUCUGGACAAGAAGCAUUGAUCAAUGCUGGACAGACAAUGCAAAAACUUGAUCGUUCUAAGAAAUGGAAGAAUCGUUCAUAUUUCAAAUACGAUUCGGACGAGUACACAAAGUCAUCGAACACUACCUAUAUGAACUAUGGGGGCCUCGUCAUCCUUCAUGAGUUUAUCGAACUGUUCUUAGCUGGCGGUUGCUUUAACAUUUUAAUAGAAAAAUUAUCGUCUGUUUUCUCCAGUUCAGACUCCAUUCUUGAAAAAGAAUACGAAACUGCUACAUUUUUCUUGACGAUUGCAUGGUUCUUCCAGUAUAAGCGAGAAAAGACCGUUCUUUACUCUUCUGGGACAACUAACUUGCAACCAAUAGGUGAAGAAGAUGACAGGAACGAUUUUGGCUCUGUUGGUGCAGCUCUCAGUCAAGUGAAUUUUAUCUUGCUUGUAAAGUACUGUGUUGAUUCUUUCAGUAUUUCCCCUAAGCGAUGGAGUUCACUUCAUGUAGUGUUGAUCUGUUUGAAAGAACUUUUGGAGAUUUCUAAUACGCUCUUUACUAGAUCUUCGAGUUCGGCAGGGGACGAGGAGCAGAACGAGUUGGAUCGAGAGUUGGCAGAGGGAAUUAUAAGUCACUUACUCGUAACACAGGAUUUCCUUUCUAUUCUUUAUCAUUUACCUCAGACUGCUUCUAGGCAUUCUCCUGAGUACCUAAAGGUUUGUAUUUCUGUGGUUCACAUCUUGCUCAAGACAUUAAAGAAUUUUGCCGAAGAGGAUGUUAAGUUAUUUAUACAAACAACUAGAAGGAACUCGAAGAAAAAAGCAAAUAAAGAAUCAAAUGAUCAAUCCGACGCUGUUGAGCAAGUAGAUGAAUCGGAUACUGAAGAUAAACGUACUCAUGCCCGAGUCACCAGAGAAAGAAAAAUCAACUACGAGCGCACAGAGGUUAAAUUCUUCCACCAAGACACUGUUUCAACCUACAUUGAGUAUUUAUCGCGAUACGAAGAUCUUACCCACUAUGAAAUCAAGAAAUGUCUUACUUAUUUCCACCGAUUAUUUGUGGUAAGAAAGGAUUUCAAUGGAUUGUACAGACUAGAUUUCAUGCAAGUGCUACACAAGCUUCGGGAUUACUUACCAUCUCAAAGCAAUAUUCGAGGGCAGGUAGAUGAAUUCAUAUACUAUUUCAUGAAGAAAUUCAAGGCUAGCAUCGAGAGAUUCCCCAACCCUAUUGAAAUUUUGUUUCCAAGAUUUGAAGAUGCAGAAUCUAAAACUUAUUUGGCAACAGGAGAACUAUACAUUCAAACAGAAAGAGAAAUUAGAAGUGCUAAUGUCAAAAGAUUUGAACCUGGCAAACCAUUGGAGUUUGUUAGACAUUUUGAGGACAACGAAAAGUACAAGAUUUUGGUAAGUGCCCUAUAUGAACAAGGACUUCUGAAUAUGUUGGUUUGUCUAGUGGAAGACUUGCAACGUAUUCAUGGAAUUAAGCAAUUGGAUGAGGAUGUUGAUGAAGUGCUCCAACUUAAAGAAGACUUCAGGCAAUAUGUUCUUACGAAUUCUCAUUUGCGGUUGUUGUUGAGAACUGUUGGUUUAAUUCCUGGUUAUUCCUUGAGUCAGGAAUGUCAAGUUCCGAGUAAGUUGACAAGUUCAGAUAUUGACAGUGCAAUAACGUUGAUAAAGAAAUGGAUGGGCUUACAACCUGCUACCUUCGAGGAUGGCAAAGACCCAUCGUAUUUCUUGAGAAGCACAGGGGACACAGUUGAUAGACCAAUUGAUUACCUGGACAGCGAAGACGAUAUUGCAUUCGAGAUCACACCAAAAGAUAGACCAAACGAGAGCCACUAUGAUAUGCUUACUGAAUUGGAUGAAUUGGAACGUGCUAUCAGUGGAGCUGAAAAUCGUGAGAAAGGUAAAGCUAGAAAAAGAGGAAAUAAGUCCAGCUCCACUAUCAAGAAAAAGCUGUUGCAAUCACGUAGUCGUCGUCCUCCAAGGUUUAAUGUGGAUUCCGAUGAUGAAAGUGAAUUGAGAAAAGAAGUGAAGUCUUCAGAAUUCGUUCAUGAUUCUGACGACGAAUCGGACGAUGAAGCUUUCUUUGAAAGAGAGGAGCGUUUGAGGCAAAUGUUGAAUUCAUCUGGUGGUAUCGUUAAUGCACAGCAGUUGAGUGAAUUCAAGAAGGUAUGGGCUAGUUUAGAGUCUACAGGUGGAAUUGCUACAGCUAGUCAAGUUGUUCGUGCAGUUGAAUCUGUAGCUAACAUUUCAGAUGGUGUUGAUACUCAUAGUCACCAAGACGACAAAUCUCAACCUUCUGAUUCCGAGAACGAAGACUCUAGUGAAGAAGUAUCUGAGGUCCAAAUCCGAAAGAGAUUAAGAAUUGAAGAUGAUGAAAAUGACAGUGACAAUAAUGUGUCUGAGAAUUACGUCAGUGCUGAAGAGGGAGAAGAAGCGACACCAACCGUUAAACGUAAGAAGAGGCUAGUUAUUAGUGAUGAUGAAGAUGAGUAA